AUGAAAACCCGGAAUUUACCAAAGGUACUAGCUUGGUAUUGGAGAAUCUUUCCAAGAUUUUUUUUUCUCUUAGUGCUUUUCAUCACAUUGUUUGCCAUUAUUUGGAGCCAGAACAAAGAAGAGUGUAACUGCUUAAAAAUGGGAAAGCCUGGAUUAACGUCAUUUCACGCCACAGCUGGACAGGCGGCGACGGCUGGCUUGGAGGCUCCUGUUUGUGAGAUGCCACAAAAUCAAAAUUUUACUGUAAAAGAAAGUGUGAUAGACCCUUUACCGAUUCCAUAUGAAUAUCUCUUAGGCUCUCAUCCUACUAAAAAAAGAUAUUUGUCAAUUGGGAUUUCCUCCAUCCACCGGAAGAAUAAAUACUAUCUAAUGAGAACAAUUGAGUCCAUUUUUAGUCAGUCCAGCCCAGAGGAGUUAAAAGGGAUAGUCUUAGUUGUCUAUCUAGCAAACAAUGAUUCUACUCUAAAUAAGCAAACAGCCAAGGAGAUUAAAGAUGGAUUUAGUUCAUAUAUUGAUGAAGGAACUCUUCUUGUUAUAUGCAGCUCUCUAGCCAGUUAUCCUUCUUUACGAGGUCUGCAAAGGAACUUCUGGGAUAAAGAUGAAAGCGUCCGGCACAGAUCAAAACAGAAUGUGGACUAUGCUUUUUUAGUUAAUUUUUGUGCCAGCCUCUCACAUUAUUAUCUGAUGUUGGAAGAUGAUGUGGUUUGUGCCAAUGGUUUCCUUUCCAUAAUACAACAAUUCAUACGUGAACGGAUGGAACCCUGGACCACAGUAGCCUUUUCCACAUUGGGCUAUAUAGGGAAACUCUAUCACAAUGAAGAUCUUCCCAAACUGGCACGAUUCCUGUUGCUGUUCUAUGACAUAAUGCCCUGUGACUGGCUCUUAGAACUUUUCCACCAAUCCAAAGCUCAGAAAGAAAUCAUUACCUUCAGACCUUCUCUUUUUCAGCACAUUGGCAGAAUUUCAUCUUUUCACACUAUGGAAACUAUAUUCAAAGAUCCAGAGUUCCAAGAAGAUUUUGGAGAUUUUGGAGACUUCCCUGCUGUCUCCUGUUACACAGACAUACCAGUGUUUGAUGAUUAUGUGCCUGAGGAAGUUUGUCCACCUGGCAAAGGUGUCUUUUGGGGAAGGAAUGUAACAACAGGAAGCUCCUUUACCAUUGUUUUUGAAACACCAAUAAUUCUCCAGAAGCUUCAGAUUUAUACAGGAUCAGUUGAAUACAACCGGGACAUUCUGUAUUCUGGUUACGUGGAACUGGGCACAGUGAAAAUAAAGGAAAAUGAUAAUGCAACAUGCAAGAUCUUCAGGAGAGCAGGAGAUUUUCGCAAUGGAAAAUUUGAAUUGGACAACUUUGGUCAAGUUAUGGAGGAGCAGAUUCACUGCCUUCGAAUACAGGUAACUGUCACACAAAAGGAAUGGCUGAUAAUAAGGAAAAUAAAUAUUUGGGUCAAAAAGGGUUAA